UUAAAGCGAAUGCUCAGAGAACGAUAGAAACACAUAGCUUUACUACUGAAAAUGCUGGUUCAAGUAAAAUAACAAAUUAUACUCCAAGAACCAUUGACGUUGUAGAUUUCGCUGAGGCGAGAGCAUUUGAAAUUAAUGCCAUGAAUGACGCUUUGGAGCGAGCAAAUCAAGCUAAAAACUCCAGAGCUUCUCAAAGUCUACCUCGUCACCUUCGACGUCGUGCUGCAAGUCAUAAUGUCAAACGCUUACCUGUUCGCUUAAGAAAAAAGGCAACAGAAGAG